AUGCCGUCCGUCCAAGUGCGUAUGGACAACAAGACGACUGCGGCGGAGUUAGACGCAAUUGCCGAGAAUCUUCUCAAGUGCUGCAUUGAUGUCAUGACGAUCACGAAACACAAUCUUGCUCUUCAAUUCCGUAGUUUUAUCACCAAUUAUCCGCCCAAAGCCCUAGUCUUUGACUCAUCUUCCGCAGUAUCCGAUCUAGGUUUUACGGAAUCAGAAACAGGGGCUUCAACCAGGGUUUUGGGAAAAUCAGCGUCUUGGAUCUUCAUUUUCUUCAACGUAACGGAGAAAUGUUAG